ACGCAGAAAGAGAAUAUAGUAUAAACUGCACAAGAAGUUAAUUGGAGGGCUUAAACCAAAAAAGUUAAUUGGAGGGAGGGAGAGAGAGAGAGAGAGAUGAUGAUGAUGGUGAAGAAGAAGAAGCAUAGUGGGAAAAUAACAUGGGUGAUGGUAGUAAUAACGGUUAUGGUGGUUAUUAAGACAUGCAUGUGUGCGGACAUUGGCAGAGGCAGUUUCCCCGAGGGCUUUGUCUUUGGAACUGCUUCUUCUGCUUUCCAGUACGAGGGAGCGGUGAAGGAAGACGGGAGAGGCCCCUCGGUGUGGGAUACAUUUUCUCACGCUUUCGGUAAAAUCGUUGACUCUAGCAACGCCGAUGUUGCCGUUGACCAGUACCAUCGUUACGAGGAAGACGUGCAACUUAUGAAAAAUAUGGGCAUGGAUGCUUAUAGAUUCUCGAUUUCAUGGUCCCGGAUUUUCCCAAAUGGUACGGGGCAAAUAAAUCAAGCUGGAAUUGAUCACUACAACAAGCUCAUCAACGCGUUACUUGCUAAAGGGAUCCAACCGUACGUGACGUUGUACCAUUGGGAUCUGCCUCAAGCCCUUGAAGACCGAUACAAUGGUUGGCUGAGUCCCCAAAUCAUAAACGAUUUCGCUAUAUAUGCCGAGGUGUGUUUCAAGAAUUUCGGAGACAGAGUGAAGCACUGGAUAACGUUCAACGAGCCGCAUAAUUUUGCCAUACAGGGCUACGACGUGGGCUUACAAGCUCCCGGCCGAUGUUCUAUCCUCCUCAAGCUCUUUUGCCGGGUCGGAAACUCUUCUACCGAGCCUUACAUCGUCGCACACAAUGUUCUUCUCUCUCACGCCACCGUCUCUGAUAUCUAUAGGAAGAAAUAUAAGGGAAAUCAAGGGGGAUCGCUAGGAAUAGCGUUGGAUGUUGUGUGGUACGAACCUGAAACAAACACAACAGAAGACAUUGAAGCAGCACAGAGAGCUCAAGACUUUCAGCUUGGCUGGUUCCUUGAUCCUUUGAUGUUUGGAGACUACCCUAAUUCGAUGAGAACAAGAGUUGGUAAGAGAUUGCCAAAGUUUACGCAAUCUCAGACCGAUCUCUUGAAGGGUUCGCUCGAUUUCGUCGGGAUUAAUCAUUACACUACUAAUUAUGCGAGGAACAACAAGACUAAUCUCAUCGGUACUCUCCUUAAUGACGCCAUUGCAGAUUCUGGAACAUCCACUGGACCGCUGAAAGGACUGCAACCGAUCGGAGAUCGGGCAAAUUCGAUAUGGUUAUACAUAGUACCUCGAGGGAUGAGAAGCUUGAUGAAUUACAUCAAACAGAGAUACGGGAAUCCUCUGGUGAUCAUCACAGAAAAUGGAAUGGACGAUCCAAAUAGUAUACUGAUAUCGAGAGAAAAUGCCCUCAAGGACGAGAAGAGGAUUAAAUACCAUCAUGAUUACCUCUCUAGCCUACAAGCCGCCAUUAAGGAGGAUGGGUGCAAUGUGAGAGGGUACUUCGCGUGGUCGUUAUUGGACAACUGGGAAUGGGCCGCUGGUUACACUUCACGAUUCGGUCUCUAUUUUGUGGACUAUAACGACAACCUCAAACGUUACCCUAAACAUUCCGUUCAUUGGUUCACCACCUUCUUGAAUUCUUCUUCUUCUUCUUGAAAAUCGUGGUCUCAACUAUUGUAUUUACUCUCUGACUUUUCCCACACACAUAUAUAUAUAUAUAUAUAUAUAUAUAUAUAUAUAUAUAUGUAUGUAUGUAUCUUUUGGCUAUCAUAUCGGAUGUGUU